AUGUCGCUCCAAGGUGCCAAGUCUGCGCAUUCAUUUGUUGAUCCAGAGCAUACCAUUGACGAAACCACUCCAGAGCCCAAGCUCGCCGAAGUAGAGGCGCCCAAACCACCAUGGACAAAUGAUGCGCCUGAUGGAGGCCUUACUGCUUGGCUAGCUGUGCUAGGCGCAUGGUGUGCCUUAUUUUGCACAUUUGGCUGGAUCAAUAGUGUGGGCACCUUCCAGGACUACUAUGAGACUACCCUGCUGCGUCAAUACUCUUCCAGCACAAUUGCCUGGAUUCCUUCUCUGCAGAUUUUCUUCAUGUUUGCCAUGGGACCAAUCAUCGGACAACUGUAUGACAGAUUCGGACCCCGCUACAUCAUUCUCGGAGGCUCAUUUCUCCACAUCUUGGGCCUGAUGAUGGCAUCCAUAUCCAAAGAAUAUUACCAACUCCUCCUCUCCCAAGGCGUCUGCAGCGCGAUGGGAGUAUGCGCAAUUUUUCAACCCUCAAUGAACGUUAUCCCAAGUUGGUUCGACAAGAAGCGGGGCGCCGCCUAUGGAAUUGUCGCAACGGGCUCGAGCCUUGGGGGCGUGAUAUUCCCGAUCAUGGUUAGUCGGUUGAUUGCCGAGAUCGGGUAUGGGUGGGCGAUGCGAGUGGCUGCGUUUCUUAUCAUGUUUCUGUUGGCGAUUACUGCUCUUACUGUGCGUUCGAGGGUGCCUCCGAGGCCGAGAAAGAUGGACAAAGACACGCUUCUCAGACCUUUUAAGGAGGUCAAGAUGGUGCUUCUUGUUUUGGGAUUUGUGUUUUUGACGUUUGGGGUUUUCAUUCCGAUUGAUUAUGUGGUUGUUCAGGCCCUGAGUGCUGGAAUGAGCUCUAAUCUUGCCCAGUAUCUUGUUUCCAUGCUUAAUGCUGCAAGCCUGUUUGGCCGCAUGUUGGCUGGUAUUUUCUCUGACAAGGUUGGGCACUACAACAUUCUUGUCAGCGCAUGCUUUCUUGCCGGUGUGCUUGUUUUGGCGUUGUGGAUUCCUGCUGCGAGCAAUGCCUCUAUCAUCGUCUUUGCUUGCGCCUUUGGGUUCGCUUCAGGGGCUUACGUGUCCCUCGCUGCUGCGCUGGUGGUUAAGAUCUCACCAUUCCCAGAGAUAGGUUACCGGACAGGCUUGCUGUUUCUGUUUUCGUCAAUUGGUGGUCUAACAACCAACCCGAUUGCAGGUGCAAUCUUGCAGCGUGACGGUGGCUCUUACACGGGCAUGAAGAUAUUCUCUGGUGUUUUCCUGCUAGUUGGGAGUGUGUUAGUGCUAGCUGCUCGACUUCAUCACACGGGACUAGUGUGGAAGGCUAAGUUUUGA